UUUUAACUCACCACCACCGACCGACUACCCUUUCUGUGCCAGCGAACUGGGCAUUGGGCAAGCAAAAAUGUCUUCUUCGUCUUCGAGCAAAUUUUGAAUUCCAGUGAGAGAGAGAGAGAAAUUUCUCUCUUCAAAAUUCAAAGAUACAAAAAUGGCGAAAGGAACAACAGUUGGGGGUGGCCAAAACCUUCCUGCAGACGUGACUCAACUCAUCGAUCAAUUGGACCGCCAUUGCUUGUCUCCCGAUGGAGCUCUCCUCUCCAAAUCUUCCUACGACGAUCUCCAACUCGCGAGAGAGGAAAUGUCGAGAGAGAGAUUGCGUUACUUGGAAGCCACGGCUAUUUACUGUGAGGCAAUUGCAAUGGUGGAAGAUUAUCAACAGGCUGUUUCAGUGGCUUCACUUGUAGGUAUUCGAGACGUCCACGGUCUGUACCCUCAACUUGGUUUGAAGAACUCUCCUCAGGUUUACGAGGCACUUGAGCACCGGCUCGUUGUUGCAGAAGCAGCUCAAAAAUUGAGGCUACCUCUGAUUUCCAAAGAUGGUGAGAUUCAUGAAGAAGAAAUUGAAAAAUGGAGUAUAAAGUCAAGAAGCUCCCUUGAUAGUACCAGUACCAGUACCAGUGUCACAAUUACCUCAAGCUCAAACUCUACAAAUUACACAAAUAUUUCUGCAAUUAGCACCACUGGUGGUGCAACUAAUGCACUCUCUAGCAGCACUACUGAUGCAGCUGAACCUGGAGUUGGUGGUGUUCCUUGUAGAUACCUUGGAAUAACGCCUGCUUAUUUAUGGCAAACUCAGCUCCAACAAGCACCAUUAUCCAUAGGCAUGGCCGAGUACCAGAUGCCACUUUUCCGUGAAAUUGAUGGUCGUUUAAAAGCUAAAUGUGAUAAGUUAGCAGAUGCCUUUGUGAUGGAUGAUAUUGACAUGUCAUCUGGUAAUCAAAAUUCAAGUGCUCGGCUUCCAGAAAGGGUAAAGUUAAUUAUUGAGGAGAUUGAGAGGGAAGAGGCAGCUCUGAGGGAGGAUUUGUAUUCUGCAGACAGAAAAUUUGCAGAAUAUUACAGUGUCUUGGAGCAGAUACUUGGUGUGCUCAUCAAGCUUGUUAAAGAUUUGAAGUUGCAACAUCAACAUAAAUAUGAUGAACUGCAAAAAACUUGGUUGUGCAAAAGGUGUGAGACAAUGAAUGCAAAAUUGAGGGUUCUAGAGCAUAUUCUUUUGCUUGAGACUUAUACUCGAGAAUCAAUUCCAGCUCUCUGUAAAGUAAGGAAAUAUCUGGUUGAGGCUAUAGAGGAAGCUUCACUUGCAUACAAUAAAGCAGUCACCCGCCUUCAUGAAUACCAAGGUGUUGAUACCCACUUUGAUACGAUUGCAAGGCAGUACCAUGACAUAGUAAAGAAAUUGGAAAAUAUGCAAUGGACGAUUCGCCAAGUUGAAAUGGACCUAAAAGGAUUGCCAGAUCACCCAAGUACCUAAAUGUUAUCAUUCUAUUAGCUGCUACAUUUAAAAAUUAUGUUUUGCUGUAUCAUGGCUGAAGUAAUUAAUGGAUAUCGCCAUUUUUUAAAAACAUUUUUUUGAUUUUGUGUAAUGUAUGUAGUUCAUGAUAUAUCUAUUGGUAAGACAUGCCUGUUAUUUAUUUUCACAUGCAUGUAUCCCAACUGGAAUAUCAGACACUAUUUUUAUUUUUCACAUGAUAUAUCAUUGUCUAUUGAAAGAGAAACCAAGUUAUCCAACUGGUGCUUAAUUGUCGAGUAAAAGAAUUUUAUAAUAUGUUGUUUGUGAGAAA